GGAGAGGGAGAAGGAGGAAGCGAUCGCCGCCGGUAGGAACAGCAGCGUCGUCCCCGCCGUCGUCGGAAGCGUCGCCGCGGGCCCUCCGCCGGCCCCCACCCCUCCCCCAUCCCUACUCUCUCUGUACCUUGCCGGGCGGGCGCCCCGCCAACCAGCCAUGCCCUCCUCGCCGCUCCGGGUGGCUGUGGUUUGCUCCAGUAACCAAAACCGCAGCAUGGAGGCCCACAAUAUCCUCAGUAAACGUGGUUUCAGCGUCCGAUCCUUUGGUACCGGGACUCACGUGAAGCUGCCAGGACCAGCCCCAGACAAGCCCAACGUUUACGAUUUCAAAACGACAUACGAUCAGAUGUACAGUGACCUCCUUAGGAAAGACAAAGAACUCUAUACACAGAAUGGGAUUUUGCACAUGUUGGACAGAAACAAACGGAUCAAGCCUCGUCCAGAAAGAUUCCAGAAUUGCAAAGAUGUCUUUGAUUUGAUCUUAACGUGCGAAGAAAGAGUUUAUGAUCAAGUGGUAGAAGAUUUAAAUUCUAGAGAACAGGAAACAUGUCAGCCUGUACAUGUAAUAAACGUGGACAUUCAAGAUAAUCACGAAGAAGCAACUCUGGGCGCUUUCCUUAUCUGUGAGCUGUGCCAGUGUAUACAGCACACGGAAGACAUGGAAAAUGAGAUAGACGAGUUAUUACAAGAAUUCGAAGAGAAAAGUGGGAGGACUUUUCUGCACACAGUCUGCUUUUAUUAAAACAAAUUAAGAAAAAAACCAUCUCCUCCAGGCCUUACUGCAGACAAAAGAGGCAUGUUUAGUUUUGAUCCAACGGAACAUUUUUCCCCUCCUUUUGGAGCGCGAAUGUCCAACCCAACUUACUUUCUUGUUUCUGUUUUAAUUUCCUUUGGCCCGCUUUACUUUUUUUUUUUUUUUUUUUUAUUAAUAUUAUUAUUUUCAGUGCAGGAGAGGCGGUUUCUGUACAGGGACGCAAACGAACUGUGCCGAGAAAAAUGAAAAAAGUUCUCUCCCUC